AUGUCGCCUUCAAAGCAGACAAAACUUACGGACCAGAUCUGGCAGAACAGAAGGGAGAGGCAAAAACAGACAAACGAAAAUAUUGAGUCUCAAACUUCUCAGCUGGUUCAUUCACCCGCUCAGUCACCUGCUCAAUCACCUGCACAAUCACCAGAAAAAGAUGCCCAACAGCAGCUAGAGGUAUCACGAGUGGAUACAGAAGGAGGCUCAAUUUCAAAAGAUUAUUUGAAGCAAGCGCUCCGAGAGCUGCG